UGGUGUAGGUCUGCGCCUGGGAACCGAACCUGGACCGCUGAAGUGGAGCAUGCCGAACUUAACCACUAGGACAUGGGGCUGGCACCUGGGCCACUUUUAUAUAGUUGUUAACUUAUUUGUUAUUUACAUAUUAUUUCUCACUUAACAUUUCCGUUUUCGUGCUAUCAAGCAAUCUCAGUUUAUAAGAGUGUAUCUUCUGGGUUGUGCACAUUAUUGUGAGAGCAAAUUUGUGAGCAUAUCCUGCAGGGUGAAAUAACUGGGUGUUAAGGCAAACAGUUUCCUAGCUGUCUAAAAAAGGCAUAAUUUUAAGUAGAACCAGAUUAUUAAAUAUUGUGCUUUCUAUUUGAGACAAAAUGAGAGAAGAGAGCAAGUCUGAUCAGAUGAGGCAUGUGUGUUCUGUGUCAACUAUGCCAUAACAGAAUCAGACAUAUAAAGUAUGUAUCAGGAGCCAAACUAGCCCUUUAGGAUGCCCCACAGGAAAGACUUACUUCUCUUGCUAAAGGGCUGGUCACAGAUCUGAAGAGGUAGGUGGUUGAUGGAAGUGGGCAACAAUUAAGAAAACAUGCAUGUAGGAAGGUCAGGAAGGAAAAACCAGAAUGUGAGAACAAGGACAGAUUCAGUUUGAGCUGGGCCUUCUGACAAGCAUGGAGGAAGAACUGGAGGUGAGGAAUAAAAUCCCUUGCCGAAAGAAGUUUUGAAAGGUCCUUGCUAUAGCUCCAUGGGCUCCCUGUGGAGUCUUUGUCCCAGAAAACUGCUGCUCCACCUUGGCUCUUCUGUUUGCCAUCCUUGGUGGUACUAGUGCCAUGCCCCUUUCUCUGCUCCCUGGCCCCAGCCCUACCCAUCUUUGGCUGGAUAGGAGAAGAGUGAACACACUCAGAUUGCAGCCUCUUUACUUGGCUUUUCCCUGCAAUGUCUACAGUGCUGCUGAAAUGACAUUUAUGAGGAUGAACCUUACCUCUCUGGGCCCAGGAGCCCUGACCUUCUUUUGGUCCAGAAAGCAGAGUGACUACCUAGACUGUUCCCCAAAGUGGUAAGGUAUAUGUGCAUAGCUAUACAUGAGAAUGUCUGUGUGAGUGUAUAAUAAUAUUAGAUAUUUAUUGAACCCUUACUGAGGACUAAGCUCUGAGCUAAAUUCUUCAUAUACAUUAUCUAAUGUAUAAAUAUUUGUAUGAGUGUGACUGAACCAUGUUGUGGCCUUUUCUGGCCUUAGCCUGUACCACUCACAGUCUGGGUGGAGAGCUACCAGGCAUUUAUAGACCCUCAUGCCUCAAAAAAUAUCUGUACCCUGGCUGUGGUCCAUUCAAAGCCCAGGCCAUGCCUAAGGGUCAUGAAAACCAUAGAUGAAUACCUGUGGGCAGGACCUCCCACCUGGGAGACCCAACCCUGGGCCUUGUAUAAGAAACCACAUGAAGAUAUCGUCUCACUAUUACUCACUGCUAGUCAGAGUCCCUUAGCUCAGAUCAAAUAACCCCACCAUCUAACCCACGCAUAGCAUCUGUCCAUUGUCUAAGCCAGAGACGCAGCACUGUAACCUCUAACUACUGUCUGUCCUCUUUGUGCUGGAGUACUUCUCUGUAUUUUAUGUACAAAGGCAGAGGAGUUGUCCCCGCCCUGCAGCUGGAGUUGUGCCAUCCCAUUGUUUCUGGGGCUGCUGGUCCUAGCUCAGAACGUUUACCCCUUAUAAGAUGCUGAGGUAUGGACUUGUCGAGAGCAUAUUGAUUCCAGCCUGCCACAUGGCAAUGAUUGUAUAAAACGUUUUCCACAGUAUCUCUCGGGAACUGGGGAGCUGCUCCCAUCCACUGAAGAGAACAUAGCUUGUGGCUCUCUUUCUCACACCUCUCAUUUUCUAGUCCAUAGGGAUGUGACUUUCUCUCUGACACUCCUCACGCUAACACCUUUUAUCCUCACGGUAGGCCCUGUGAGACUUCAGCCCUCGAAGCUGCAAGGACCAGCAGCCGUGUUUCCCACUGUCGCCUGUUUACCCUUAGAUCCUUUCUCCUCAGCUGCUGUGGCGUUUGUUCUUCUUUGCGUCUGUGCUUGUAUGAUUAUUGCAAGAGCCCAGAAAACCCUAGUAUUUUUUCUCUCAGAUAAAGAUUUUAUCAUACCUCCAGGCUUCUGGGGGUCAAGGAGAGGAUUUAAGACAAAGAAGACAGGUUCAUCUACAGCCUUCUAAGUCCUUUUAUAUAAUAUUCACUCUAUAGCUACAAGAUUUUGUUUAAAAUUUCAGAAAUAUGCAGUUUCUGAAACUUCAUUUUAAUGCUUAUGUAAGAAUCAAAACAUUGGAAAGUUUUUAAUAUUGUCUAAUAACACUUUUCAGACAGCUUUUGCCUGUGAGUGAUAUAUGUCUGUACACGUGUUUAAAUAACGAAGCCUUCUGGAAGGUUGGUUUUAUGCCAUUUUAUGUCUGAUAUUAAGCACAAUAUCCAGCGCAAGGACACAAAGACUAAGGAAAGGGUCUAGGAAUCAAAAUUGAGGUGUCCUCAUUAUUGCAAAAUUUCCUUCCAGGCAUGUCCAGUUGUAAUGGUUCACCUCCCAGAAGCAUGGCAUGGCCUGAGGGGAGAAGUGAGGGUGCAGCCUCUGGCAGCAGACAGCCCUGGCAGGCAUGUUGAGUAUGUUUAUAGGUCUCAACUUAGACAUCAUUUUCUCUCACACUCCCUCCCUGAACCCAGAACUUGGUUAGGUGUUCCUCCUGUGUGCUCCCACACCACCCAGGUUUGCCAGCUAUUAGCACAGACUGUGACUUCUGACCAAGAAAAGCGGUUGCUGCAUCAGCUCCGAGAAAUCACCAGGGUCAUGAAAGAAGGGAAAUUCAUUGACAGACCCACUCCAGAGAAAGAAGCUGAGGAGGCCCCUUAUAUGGAGGACUGGGAAGGUUACCCUGAAGAGACUUACCCAGUUUAUGACCUUUCAGAUUGCAUCAAGCGUAGGCAAGAAACAAUCCUGGUGGAUUACCCUGACCCACAAGAGCCCUCUGCUGAAGAAAUAGCUGAAAGGAUGGGCGUGCUAGAAGAAGCAGCAGCAGACCAUUUAGGGUGGGAAAUGCCCACUGACCCCAGAGCCCAGGAAGAGAAUUCUUUUACCUCAUGUGACCCAAAGCCAGAAACAUGUUCCUGCUGUUUUCCUGAAGAAGAGGAUCCUGCUGUGUUGGCAGAGAAUGCUGGAUUCAGUGCAGACAGUUACAGCGAACAAGAGGAAGCCGCCAAAGAAGUAUGGCCCCAAGACUUCAGAGAUGAAGGGCUGGGCAUCAGCGCUGAUAAAGCAUAUACAGGUGGCACGCUGAGGAAGCGGAACCCCCAGGGUUUAGAGUGAAAACAGCCAGUUUGAUAAAGCAUCCAUUACUCUAGUCCUAAGGUGACCUUUCUCUCCUCUCUCAGAUUUCAUCCUUGGCCCUGUGCCUUGUACUUCAUUCUCUAUGUUUAAAUAUCAUAGCCAGUCAGGCCACUACCAUGGAUAUCCUGUAUCCAUCCUGGUGCUCACACGCCUGUCACCUUGUAAAACAUCAUAGGGAUUAGUAUGAACACAAGACAGCCUCCCUCCUUCUCUUCCUGCCUUUCCUCCGUCAGAGUUGAUCCACUGAGUAGUUUUGUUUGAUCUAUUGUAAUUACAGAUGGGACCACUCAGGGCAGAGGUCCGACUCUUCGUGCUAGGAGUCACAGAUGGUUUACCUUUGAGCGAACAUCAGCUUACACAUGAUGAGGACUUAAGGUUGCAAGAGGGAAGAUUUCAGAGUCCAAGAUGCCUUAUUCUGUGGGCCUUGAGCAGGUUAGUGGUCCCCCAGGUUCAAGAAGAGGACAUUUUGUUUGUGGGGAUGAUGGGGCCAGAGCAGGGUAAGACUCUGCUGUCUGAGCUGAAGCCCCUUUGCACAGUGAGGGCCUUUUUAGGAGCACUGAUGCUGCCUCAGAUAGUCGCUUUUCUCCAGAGUAGCAGAGACUCUCACUGACCUGAGAAUAAGCCCAGAGGCCUGUUGGGGAACUGUUUUGCUCUGAUAUUGCCUGAAUCUCUAGCUUCCUUUAUCCCUGUUCUGCUUAACAGAACUGCCAAAUCCAGAAGCACCUUUGUACCUCUGGUCUUCAGUGGCCAGAGAAAGCUUUAGACGGAGACUUUAGUCUUUGCCCUGCAGAGCCAAGAUUUGAGGCUGUUGAGGCUGCAGGAAAGCCUGCCCGAGGCUGAUGGUCCUGCUCUGAGAUACUCAGAAGGCCAGAGGACCAGUGACAGGGAGAGAAGCCUUGCGCUUAAGGACAAGUCCUUGCCUAGAAGCUAUUUCUGCAUGUUGUGUUCUCUGGGAAAUUUGUUCUCACAACCACAUGAACUGAAACAGAAAUGAGAAGGACUGAGGCUGUAGACAAAGUGCCAGCCCAACAGGGAAGUUACAGCGUGUCUGUUGCAGAGAACCACUAUAGCAGUGCCCAGGGGAAGAGACCAUUUGUUCUCUGUUUGGAUAUCUGGGUCCUUUGAGAGAGCUGGGGUCAGCAGGAGGUAGGUUAGGACUGGGAGGAUUUUGACCAAACUAAAGGCUUAAUCUCUAAGCUGGCAUCUGUCAUGUGUCUCCUUGAGACAGGAUGGCACCCAUGAAUUCCAUCCAGUAAGGACGAGUUCCCAGUUUACAUGUAUGACCUGAAAGUUUAAAGAGGACACAUUCCCGAGGACAUUCCCAGUCAUGAAGUGGGGAGAUUUGAAAAUUAAGAGAUUAUGUAAAGGUAGAUAUGGCUUUUAGAGUUCAUUGUGCUGACAUGAGUAAGAUGUCAGAAAAUAGUUUGUCACACAUAAGCAUACAGACUGCUGGCAGAAGGUAUGGGGUCAUAGGAAGGUAAUGUGUCAGCUACUCCUAGGCAUUUCUGGUUAAUGAACUACAGGGAAGUCAUUGAAGGUGGAGUCUAUACAAAGUAUAUUGCAUCGGUCUCUGUGUGGAACAUGUGAUUCACUCGUAAAGAAUGCAGUUGAAAAUGUACUGAAAACAAUUGAGAUGUAAUGUAAUGCUAAAGGUAAAAAGUAAUGUAGGUGCUCUUUACUGUUUUGAGAAAUUGUUUUCUGCUGUUUCCCUUCAUUCACCACGAAGGGUUGAUUUAUGAGGAGAGUCCUGGGUCCCUUGCUCAAACUUCUUUGUGCCCUUAGGAUAUGGUUCCCUUAUUAGAGAUACGUUUGUUUCCUUCUAGCUUAUUCAUUCAUCUGGUAGACACUGCUUAGAGCUAGUCAGUGGGAACAGAAGGCUCAAUUCUUCCCUUUAAAAACUUAAAACUUAGUUUAAUGUGGAAGCCUUACCCAAUUCAUUUUUUUAGAUGAACUAUAAACUAUAAAAGGGCUCAGGAUUGUGAAUUCUGCAGGCAAGGAAAUGUCGGUCAUGAUUCCAUCCCUGCCUAUUGUAGCUGUAGAAUGUCGUUGGCUCCUUAGCCCUUCUGAGCCUUGGCUUUCUUGUCUCUAAAACAGAGAGGGUAAGAGUCCAGGUCUUACAGGGUGCUUAUGAGAAUUAAAUGAAAUCAUCAGUGCCUAUAAGACAGCACUCAGUGACUGGUGACUACUUUAUUUGUACAAGGUGUUAGGCUCUCAUUGAGAGAUGGACCCAAAGCUACAGGAGCACAAAGAAACAGAUCAUUUUUGCCAAAGUAUUUCCAAGAAACUUACGGGCGGGAUGGGGGGGGUGUAGUGGAGGGUGGCGGGUCUUGAGCAAGUUAAGAACUUCUCUGGGUGGGCAAUGAAGAGAAAGGAUUCUUGGCAGAAAGACUUGUAUUGGAGAAAGCAGUGGGGUAUGAAAGUAUAUGGUUGUUCAGGUAUUUUGAUGAGGCUGGUAUGUAAUUACAAAACAAACUCUUUAUUUUGAAUGUUAACCUUUGGGGGAAACUGGCUUAUGGAAGUAGUUCCUGCCAGAAGUACUAAGACCUCAGGAUGGCUUUUGCUGCCCUAGUUCUUGGUUGGUUUAUAUAGCAGGACUAUAUUUAUAUUUCAGAAAUUUUGACAUACUUUUCAAUCAUCAUUUCAGAUUAGACAGUCCUUUGUGGACCUCACAGAAUUAUUUUAUCCUUCAGGAAUGACAGUUAUGUGUUUAUACAACCCAGGAUGACCAAAAUCAUGGGACUGGUUUUUGUUGUCAUGUCUGCUGUCUCUUUCCUCAUGGUCUUCAUUUCUCAGAACUGGUCUGGGCUCUGAACUUGAUCAGUCCCCUGGCAUUGGGUCUGCAUUGACUUUUGGGUGCUGUGGCAGAGCACAGAGUCAUAGCUCUGGGGGCAGAGAGUUGGCCUAGGAAACACCUGCAUCCCCUGGGACCAUGCCUCGUAAAUCAGGUAUGUGAUCCAGCCAGAUCCCAUGUCGUAACAGGAGCACAAGGACAGCACCUCGUUAGCUCCAGGAUUUGUGAUGGGUCAGCUCCAAAAGCUAGGCCCAGGGAGGUGCGUUGAGGAGUGGAGGCGUACUUGGCCUGUAGAAGAGAUGGCCUGUAGGAACCACACUCUGCACCUCUUAUGACUUGGGUGAUAAACAACUUAUGGUCCAAACUGGGACACUUUGAGAAAAGGGAGCUUUAAUAAUAAUCAUGCCAGGAUAAUAGAUGUAAACCGGGACUAUCCUGGACAUAUGGUCACCCUAUCCAUGGCCGUUUAAAAGAUUUGUCCUUAAUGUGAACACUAAACAACAAAAAUCUCUUUCCUUUUUAGUAAUACCCUGCAUAGGCUGCUUCCUGCUGAGGCAGAGCCAAGGAGCUAGGCCAUGGUUCAGGCAGGAAAUGCUACUGGACACACAAAAACUCUAAAUCUGGGGUAAUAAAUAAAUCAGCCUACUUACAACAACACUCUUAAAUUCCUUCUCAACCCAAACUCAAUACUUCAGCUAUCCAGCAAUAUUGAGAAGAAACAUGAAGUCUCCAUGAAUUUGCCUUGACCUUUUAUUUUGUGUGAGGAAGACUGGCCCCGAGCCAGUCUGUUGCCAAUCUCCCUCUUUUUGCUUGAGGUAGAUUGUUACUAACAUCUGUGCCAAGCUUCCUCUAUUUUAUGUGGGAUGCUGCCACAGCGUGGCUUGAUGAGCGGUCCUCGGGGUAUGAACCUGAGAACCCCGGGGUGCCGAAGCAGAGUGCAUGAACUUAACCCCUAUGCCACCGGGUCGGCCCCUGCCUUGACCAUUUUUAUACAGAUCUUCCUAAAAUGUACCUAACCUUUCCUUUUUUCUUAUACAGAGAAAAUAGAACAAAUUUCUCCUUUUUCUUAAAUCAUUCCUUAACUUCUCUGAGCACCAAUUUCCUCCCUUAUGAAUUGGGAAGAAUACCCACCUUGCAAAGCUGUUAGGGUUAAAUGAGAUACUGUUUAUAAAGUGUCCCAGGAUGUAGCAUGUGCUAGGUGCUCGUGACAGCAUCAUCCUUGUCAUCAAGUCCUGUGCUGCUGGGCUGUUACACUUGACACCCUCCAAGGCUACCUUGACUGCCCGGAAUGGCUCAGCGCACAGGGUUCCGCAGUCUCCAGGUAACUUUAGCUUUGACCUCCUCCCUCAGCAUCAGACUGUUAGCUUUCAUGUCUGCGUCCAGCCACAACUGCAGCCUCCCUUGCUCAUGGCUCCAGAUCUGACACAGGCUGAAAAGAAAAUCCCCAAGUCUGUCCAAGUCCUGUGUAAAUUGGUUAGGCUCUGCAUAGGGCCAGAGGAAUCAAGUGGCUGGGUCUUCAUGUUAUUACUACUACCUUGGCCUUCUCGCCUUUUUCAGUUCUUUGGCCCUGUUUUUGUUCCCAAGGGCCAGGCCUACAGUGGGGUACGUAGGAACCAACAACCCAUUCUUCCAGUUGGCACAGCUGACCCUGCAGAGGAUUGCUCAGACUUAAGUACCUUGUAUCCUUCCCAUCCUUCCAGCCCUUCCCAGCCUCUACAUGUGGUUCUGACCAUCCUUCGACAUCAAGAACCUGGCCAGAGGGAGGACAGUUUCAGCACACGUGUCACUGUAAACAAGCUGUGAUCCCCUUGUUACCACCACCCUCUCACCCACCCUGAGAGUCUUAGGACGGAAGGAAUGAAUGGUGUAGGAAAAAAAACUUCUACGUAAGAAAUGUGUUUUUUCCUCCUUUUAUGGGAAAAAAAAGUACACCGCAGUGUUGAAACAGUUCAAGUUUAAUUAGUUGAUAUACGGUCUGUACUUAGACAAACACUAAGUUCUACAACAUACAUAAUGUCAACAUGGGAAAAUACCAACUUUGUCAUUGCACAUACCAGUAAAUAAAUACAUUUGCUCCAGAAUACCAAA